CACCGCACCUAUUCCACUCCUUUCGUUUCUCGUCUCUCGUUAGCACCGGACUCAUACUGCAAAAAAAUGUCAAUCGCUAAUGCCGGUCGAGUUUUAUUUGGCCGAACGCCAAAACUCACGCGAAAUUUAGCGCAGAUUUCAUCCCUCAAAUUCUACUCUAGCCAAAUGCCAAAGUACGAGUUCGUCAAAACCGAAAAGGUUGGCGAGAAUCAGAAUAUCGCUGUAAUUACCUUAGAUCGGAUGAAGGGUUUGAACCUUCUGAACAACACAGUAAUAAAUGAAGUGAACGACGCCGUAUUCAAAUUCGACAAAGACGAUAGCGUCAGCGUGCUCAUCCUUACCGGAAGUGAGAAGGCCUUUGCUGCCGGAGCUGAUGUGAAAGAUAUGCAGGUAAUGGACUACAGCCAAGCAGUGAAAGAAGAAUUCCUCGAAAGUUGGACCGCAAUUUCAAAGACCAGAAAGCCUCUAAUCGGUGCUGUAAAUGGCUAUGCUCUCGGAGGUGGCUGCGAGCUAGCCUUGAUGUGCGACAUAAUUUACGCUGGGGAGAAGGCGCAAUUUGCCCAGCCUGAGAUCACAAUCGGCACGAUGCCUGGAGCUGGUGGGACCCAAAGAUUGACUAGAAAUAUGGGAUUGAGUAAGGCAAUGGAGAUGGUUCUCACCGGAAACUACAUGAACGCUGUGGAAGCCGAAAAAGCUGGUCUGGUGAGUAAAAUUUUCCCUCCGGAUCAGCUUCUGGCCGAAACAAUCAAGCUGGCAGAAAAAAUAGCGAGUCAUUCACCGCUGAUCAUUUCUAUGGCAAAAAAAUCAGUUCACAUCGCUUACGAAACAACGCUGAAACAAGGGCUCCAGUUCGAGAGGACGUCAUUCUACGGCACGUUCGCGACGGCUGAUCGAAAAGAGGGUAUGACGGCUUUUGUCGAAAAACGUGCACCGAAAUACAUCAACGAAUGAAAUAAAUGAAAAAGCAAGGAACACAACAUGAUUCUGAGAAAAUGUGAAUCCACGCGUUAUUGCAAUAUUUUGCUAAUUCUUAUCGAAGCGUGAAUAACGCGCGACGCAAUUUGGAUUCGGAAUGAUUUAAUAAAUUAAUUAAGCUCUAGUGAUAGAAGCUUAUCGUUCCUGGAGGAUCGGGUAUGUUCAGUGUUUGAUCACGUCUUGUCACGAUUUCUACAAUCUGCUCCAAUAAUGAAUAAAUACUUUGAAUAGUAA